GGCCAUCAUGUAGUCAAACUCUGUUAACUUUAACAAAGUUAUUUCUGGGUAACUGAUGGAGAAUAUAGAUUGUGAAGCUUUUUGCAAACUCAAAAAAAAAAAGUUGGUGUUUUUUAUUUUGUUUGUUUAAGAAAAAUCCAUUGUAGUCUGUACCCCAUGACCAGCUUUCAUGCGGAGUGAAUUAUAAGAGCCACGUUCUAAAUUCUGGAAGUGUUGUUCAUGAUGGAGCUCAUAACCAGAUCCUGACCAAGAGCUGUAUCACUGUGAAAUCAUGAUGCUCUACAAGUGUUCUGAGCUCAGUAUAUUUUUGGUGUUCUGUGGCUGUCACUUCUUUUUGUCCUUGUACCAUGUAUGACCUUUGAUUCUUUAAAUGUUAUGGCCCUUUGAAAAUAUCAAAGUUAUUAACAAUUUAUUAUGAUUUAUGUGCAACUGUAGAAUCGGUAUAUCUCUUACAAAUAAAAGGUUUGAAAAUGAAUGGCAUUGGAAGUAGAACCUAUCCAUCAGCUACACGUGAUAUAACAUUUUUGUCAGCCUUUCUGUACUGUCAACAGUCUUGUUAUUUUUCAGUAGAUUAUGGAAGUAAUGGUGAUGGCAAGUUAUUUGAGUGACAGUGUAAACUCUACACUGCUACCAUUUGUCAUGAAGUAGCAGGAGUUUUGUAAUCUGAAACGUGCUCCUUCUGCACAUAUUUUCUUCAUAUUAAAAUAUUAUAUAAGAAAGGUGAUUUUUCAUAUACAAUGAUCAAUUGUAUACAUUUAAAACAGAUACACUUUUCUGAGUAAUGAGAAGUAGUUAACUUCUGAGAUUUCAUAGUUCCAAGGAAAAUUACAAAAUCGUAAUUGAAAUAUCAUAUUCUGUCAUUCACAUCCAUGUAGAUAUUUGCGUUUGAACAAGUGCUCUAUAAUGACACAAAAUAACUCUGAACCUUAAAGAGGUAAAAUCCCCAUGGUGUUGUAUGAGUGGCACUUUCAGAUUUGUAAAAUGCUUUUGCUGAAUGUCUCUAAUGUGAAAUAAUGGUGUGUAUUGUACAAUGUUAUGUAAAAUAUGACUAUCGUGCUUUUUCUAGGAACUUGUUUAAUACCAUGUCAUCUUCCUGAAAUAUGCAUUAGAAAAGUAUACUCAUAUGCUGAUACAGUUUUCCUCCUUGGUAUAUUUUAAUAAAUAAUCAUAUAACUUUAAAAAUGAAUUGCAUAAUUUAAUACAAUAGUUUAAUAUCAAUGUUAGUAUAGUCGCUAGGUGCUAGGAGAUCUCAAACUUCAAUUAACCAUGUAAAUGUGUUCUUUACCAUCAGCCCUCACUCUGCUGGAACCCCUGCUGCCUUUAUAUCAUUAACAUAAAUGCAGGUGCAAAUAGCAUUUAUGCACUUUGAUAGAAAGCAGUUGGAGACAUUUCACUGUGGGACACGACACUUUCAGAUUGUGUACAUCUGUUCAAAUAAUGUAUCCAAGCCAGUGACAUGAGUGCAAGGAUAAAAACAUCUGCCCCUGAGACCAUUUGCCAUACGGCAGAUGCUUACAUCUUUAUUUAUGCAGAUGGUUUGUGUGAUGAGCUGAGAAAUGAUGAAAGCAGGAAAGUCUGACAAAGAUUUCAGGGUAUGGCUUGAGAUGGGAAAAUAUGUUGGAAAAAGAACUUCAUUUUCAGAUGUCUAUGAAAAAAAUCUGUUAUAUUUACUGAUGUUUUUAGUAACGCGGGUGUAUUUGAGAUAUUAACAACAUUAAAAAAACCACUAACCUAUUUUUUAAAAUAAUUUUGUGUAAAAAAUUAUACUGCAGCUAUAGAAGAUAAUAGUUUAAUGGGGAGGCUCAACAGAUAAUACCUUGUUUAACUGAUUUUAACAGGAAGGCUCAACAGCUUUGCUUCAAGACUUUCACAUUUUCAAGUUUAUUCAAAAUACUGAGUUGAGGGAACGGUUUGCACUACGUAGAAUAUUUUGCAAUACUAAUGUAACCUUGGGAAGUGUGUAAAGGCUGUAUGUUAAGAUUUUGUGACAUUGGAGAUUCUUCAGCAGAAGCUGUAUUUACUGUUACAAAAAAUUAGAUUUGUAGGCUAGCCUUUCUCUUGUUUGAAAAUUACUGUAGAUUAACUGGCAUGAGUCGCAUAUAUAAGCUGAAUUGGCACUGAAUCAAUGGAGAACAAAACAACAAUGGCUUAGACCUCAGUGCUUAGGCCGGAGGAGCCCAAUGCCGGGGGUGGAUGGAUGGGGCUUUUUUUGCUACACCCGACUCCCUCUGCUGGACUUGUGUGACCAGGACCUGCUUUGUCUAAAGGAGCCGUUGCCACUCUCAGCACAGUGAGCGCUCCAGAUAAACAUGAAUUCAAUGUGAAGUGUAAUGGUAUUUUUGCACACAGCAAAUGAAGGAUGUCAUCUCUGGCCUGCAUUCUUGCUAAUUGUGUUCCUGUUCUAAUUCCAUUGUAUGUUGGUGCUCUUCACAAGCAUUUGCUGAUACAUUAUCACUUAUCAGCAGCAUAUUCAAUCAAUUCCUUUGCAGUACAUCCAGUACAAUCUUUUGAAAAUCAGUGCUGCUUUAGGUAACACAGUGCUAGCGUGGGCAAAUGUAGUAAUGUCAGAAAGCACUGAAGAUAAUGGGAGUUACGCAUGGGGUGAGAGGAAGCAUUCUGAUGCUGUAAUUUGAAUUUUCUGCUAUGUCCUGCUGCUGGAAAGGCCUAGCCAUGUUCAGGUGUAGCAGCAAGUGAGAACUUUCUGUUCUGAAAACUAAUGUUUUAGCCUGGGUCUUUCUGUAGAGAUUCACUUUCAUUUGCUCUACGGGGCUGUUUUUGCCUUUGAAAAAUAUCCAAUCUAUGUGGAGUAUUGUGAUGAUCCUGUGAUCUUCACUUUUGUUUUAAACCUUUCGGGAACUGAUUACAGGUAGCAAUGUUUGGCAUAUCUCAGACAAAGCCAUAUAACUGUAUUCUGAAGUAAACUUGGUUGUGAUAAAAGAAGAUGAGGGAAUAGCUUAAAAAGCAUUUCCGAGCAAAAGCCAUAGAGAUUCCUCAUUCAAAACAUAAUUGGAUUGGGUCAUUAUGAAAAGAAAUGAACUAUUUUAAAAAAUAAUUCUGAAAAUACUCUCCUAAAAUCAUCUAAGUUUAACAGUGUGUUCUAUAUUCUGGUCUUUUCUUUGGAGAACAAUAAAAGCUAUUCAUAUGGGAAGACUCAGAACAAGUCAGGCCAUGUCUAACCAUCUUCUGAUCCUUUAUUCAUUUUCAGUGAGGGAACACUUUCGAGGUUUGUAGUGCAGAAGGCACCAGACAGAUGCUUUUAAUGUCUCAAGUAAUACAAAUUUGCUCUAUGGAGAAUCUGUAAGACAAAGGAGUGAAUUAAUCAUUUGUUUUCUCUUACACAGGGCUCUGUUUAGAUAGAAGUGCUUUGACUUUAACAUAAAAAUAGAUUAACAGUCUGACUCUUUUUUUUGUGCUUUGUUUGCACACCAGCAUUUGCAAAAAAAAAAAAAAAAGUUUGGGAUGUUAUAGUCUUAAUUCCCUACUGCAACAAUAGUAGAUGCUUUCCGUCACAGAGAGGGAUGGAAGGAAAAAUAGUCUUCAUCUCAAUUGGAAUUUGAUUCUGUUCUCAGCUUAUUUGAAAGAUGAGCAAGAAUCUAGUUGCAAAAUAUUUCAUGACUUAUUUAUAAAAUAGUUCUACUUGACCUUUUGUACUGCACAGUUUCUGAAGAAUUCUGCCUUCGUUUUUGUAGCAGACUCCAUCAUUAUUGUCUCCUGCACUUAAAAAAAAAAAAAAAAGUCUAUUAAUUACCAUUUACAUUAGGUGUAUCAGGAUUUUGUCCAGGUUGAUGUGAUCUUGAUUGUCCUGUUAAAAAGGAUUUCACACUGGCGUCAACUUUACAAUGAAUGAAUUAGCAUUUAGUUUGUAUGUUUCUUGAAACUUACUUCAAGAAAUUUCAGCUGGCAGGUCUCCCAGAAGAUAAGUUCUAAAAAUCCACUUGGUCUUUUCUUUUGAAACUAAUGUUUGUUCCCACCUCCUAGAGUACCUAAUUCAUAUUCACAAUACCAUUGAAGGUUUAUGAAUUUAUAACUAGUGCUUGCAUCACCUCCCUUUAUCUUUUAUGAACAGUUAGUUCCUCCAGGUGGUUGCAGCACUGAAGCCUUGCUUUGCUAAUCUCUGGGGAUGGUAUCCUCUGAGUGGAAUGACUGGGCAAAAAGAACAAAGGUGGUGGUUUUUUGCAUGCUAAUCCUGCAGAGAAACAAAGUGUUCAACACAGUAUGCUGAGUCAGCAAAAACAAGAAACUUGUGCUGGAAAGACAGUAUCCACAGUUGGUUUUUUGACAGCUUCAUCAGAUAACAGCAAAUCCCCUACGGACAUAAUACAAAAUUUUCAGAAGAAAAGUCAGUUCAGGACCAUUGCUCCAAAAAUGGUGCCAAAAAUUUUAACAUCUGGAGUGGUUUCUUGUCUUCAGUCAUCUUUGCCUGAACAAAGUACGCCAGUUUCGGUGGCAGGUUCUAAACCACUGGUGGUACCAGCUCAAAACUAUGCCGUCAUGCAGGUUGCUGGUCAUGAGGGCACUUUUUCUCUUUUGGCCUUGCCAUAUGUUACACCAGCCAUGGUACAGCCAAGCCAGCGAUCAAACAUGGCCCAUUCUGAAAACAUAAAGUUGCCUAUCCCUCGGUACCAAUCUGUAAGAAAUAAAUUGCUUUGUGACAGAAAAACAAGCCAAGCCUCUGUUUUGAAUACACAGAGCAAGGUUCCUACCAAAGGACAGAUCUCGUUGCAGACUUCCCCCAUGACUUCCUUAGCUGAGGACUGUCCAAAAACUCAUUCUGGCUCAGAUACAUCUGAGCCAGUGAUGCUAGCAGACCAUGAUUCAUCUGAAAUGAUGGUUGCUACAUUACCAAGUAAAAACAGUUGUGUGGAAUCUGGAUCUCCUUCAGUGAACAAAACAAAAACUGCUAUCAGCAAUGUUUCUGGACCAUCUAUAGUUAAAGAAUCUUCAAACAAGUCAGAAAAUUCAAGUAAUCCUGUGAAAUGUAGCCUGGACUCUGUGAAGACGGCAUCUGCCACCACAAAAGAGUCAUUCAUUAUGUCAGAGAAACUAAAGGAAAAACCCACAAAUUCUGCAAAUUCUGUUACCGUCCUGUCACCGGCACUUUUUGACAGUACAGUGCAGAUGAAUCCAUCAGCACCAACAGGAAAACUUCCUAUUUUGCCUUACUCAAGAAUGAAAAACUCAGUGUUUUGUAAAUCUAAGCAAAGUGCUAAUGUGAAGGAUAUAUCUGGUACUUCACUAAGAUCUGAAUGUGAAAAGACGCCAGCUUUGGCAAAAACUUUUCAUGCUCCUGCUAAAGCGUCUGAUAAACGAUUAGCUGUAUCUCUGACACAAGCCCCCAAACAAACCUCUCGGGAAAAUACUUUCUCUCCAUCCAAUAAAGUGGAUGUUGACAGCCUGAAAAAGUUGAAUGGCACACCCCCUAAAAGGAGAGGCAGGAAGAGAAGAGUCCAAGAUGAUUUAUUGGCUUUUCAGGCCAAGCGAAGGAAAUGCAUCGUUAAUAAAUUUAGAGAAGUAAGAGAGAGGGUGAAAGCUGAUCUUCAGCCACCUGAAGACAAAAAAGCAGAGGCAGUGAAAAAAUACCGUAGUAUUAGACCCAAGCCAGUGGUAGUUGUGCAGGCGAUUGCACCGCUGACUUCUGCAGCACUAGCAGAGGCGAAGUCUCCUGACCAUGUAGACAAAAGUGUUUUUUUAAACAGUUCACUUGCCAGUAAAUAUUUAAGUUACAAGUAUAAUGAUACCACAUCAGCUACAUCAACUGAUUUAGGUAGAAAUGCAUACUCAGCUGUGCCCAAACCAUGGCAUAGGUGUCAUGUAUGUAACCAUAACUUCCAGUUCAAACACCAUCUUCAGGACCAUAUGAAUGCACACACAAACAAACGACCCUACACUUGCCGAAUUUGCCGGAAGGCUUACAUUCAUUCUGGAAGCCUGAGCACACAUAUGAAACUUCAUCACAAUGAAGGCAAACCCAAAAAGUUUGUGUGUUGUGAGUUCUGUGCUAAAAUUUUUGGCCAUGCAAAAGUAUACUUUGGUCACCUAAGGGAAGUACACAGGGUUGUUAUUAGCACAGAGCCCUCUGGUAGUGAGCAACAGCUGCAAGAUGCUUUGAGGAACAGGGACACAAAUAUAAAAGAGGCAGAAGAAGCAACAGAAAGGGGAAGUAGAUGCGAUUUUGAAGACCUAUUCCAUGGCCCAGGAGAAGUGAAAUUACAGAUUAGAUGUGGUCAGUGUCAGUUCACUGCACAGUCUUUUGCUGAAAUGAAGUUUCACUUACUAUGCUCUCAUGGAGAAGAGAUCCAGGGAAGAGUAAAGGAAGGAGCUCUGCAAGGAAAUAGAGGAGCUAGGGGAGAACUGGUCAAAUAUGCCACUCACUUCUGGAAACAGCGCAAUGAAAGAAGACAUUUAGCAAAAUGCAGUACCAGUGAGGAGGAGUUUUAUACUUUUCCAAAACUGAAAAGACAAAUAUACUUUCACCAUCAAAGUAAUGUUGAUACAUUAACUAGAAGUGAAAUGACUCAGUCAGGAAGUAGCGAAGCAGCCAAGGAGAUGCAAAAUGUAGGUUGUGGUACACCAAGCAAAAAAAUUGAAUUUUGGUCUAAAGCUGGAUAUAACUGCAUUUUAUGCAAGCAGUUAUUUGGAAGAAAAGAGGAGCUUUGUAAUCAUUGGCAAAGUCAUCAUAACUGUGAAGACUCUUCUAUUUUAUGGACAAUUUUUAGUUUGUUUUCAAAACAGGGAAUUCUUGAACUUCCUAGUAUUGGUGAAUAUUGAGGCUCACUUCUACAAUGCUGUGUUGAUGAACUGACUCAAGAGAUGUACUGCUUCAGAGGUUUGCUUAGUAUGGUGGGUUUUUUAGUUAUCAGUUACAAUCUUUGCUCACCUUUGUUUUGUUAAAUAGAACAUGUAUCAAUCCAUUAUCUUUCCAGAUGGGUACAUGCAGGCUGGUUAUGAAAUACUGUACUUAGUACUCAUGCAUGAGGAAUUUGCAGCAGCAAGUACUUGAUGCUGAUGGUUAAAAUGAAGAAGAUGCUCAAGUUCCAUUACACUUUACACACAGGAAUAAAUGAGUUUACAUGAAGUAAUCCCAGUCUUGAAUGAAAUGGCAAACCAGACUGAAAGUGUGAUUUCAAUCCCAACUGUGCUUCUAGAUUUUGUGCUGAAACUGUAUUUCUGUACAGUUCUGUAGAUCAUUUGAAGGUGCAUACAUACAACCUGCAUUCUGGAGCAUAGUUAUCUUUGAAAAUCUUUUACAUCUUGUUUUCUGAAUUUCAGUCUUUUUGGACACUAAGUUUCUUAGGUGUUAUGUUCAGUCCUUGUAAUAGCAGGGAUCUUUGGACUUUAAAGUGAAAAAUCUACAUUUUUAUUUUGCCCCUCUGGAUUGAAAACAAGAGUUAGUCACUACCUGUGAAGAUGGAACCCUCAAAGCUUUGACUGCUUUAUGAGGGGGAAAAAAAAAAGAAAAAAGAAAAAAAAAAAGUUGUUUUACAAAGAGUUAUUUGAGUUUGUUACUGCAGGGAAGUCUGACAUUCUGCAAUAGAUCACAUGCUUCACUGUGAACUUCAAGCACUUUCCACGCUCCUCCAAUGACUGCGGCACUACUGCUGUGAACACCUUUAGCGCUCUGCCUUUAACACUCUUGGUGUAUCUCUUUUGUACCUGUGUUGUUGGCCCAGACUUAGCUGCAAAGGGAAAUUGUUCCUCUGCUUCUGAGUCUAUGAUACAGGUAAUGAGUUUUUUUCACUUGUAUUUCCACAUCUACUGUGCAGAUGGAUCCAGGGGCCCUUUCCAGCCAUUCUUUGUGAUGCUGUGAAGUCACUGUAUCGCUGUUCAACGGAAAUCAUCAGCGUCAUCAGAAGGCAAACUGAAAAACACACCAGUACUAUUUCUAAACUACUACUCCAUUCAUUUCUUCUCGUGGUCAAACUGUAAUUGGGGGAUUGCAAUGAUGAAAGAAUCGUUCCUAAAAUGCCUUGUGUGGCCUCUCACUGUUUUGCAAAAAUUGUAGUGAAGAGAUCUAAAAAAUGCUGGGGAUUUCAAGGGGAAUUCCAGAAGCUGUUGGAAUAUUUUGUGUACGUGUUUUUAAACAGUAAAGGCAGUUUUAUGAGCCA